GAUCAACAGGAUCUCCUUGAGCUUCGCCAGCGAGAAGCGGAGCGCCGACUUGCUGCUGCUGAGGAGAUGGCAAGCCAACGUGCUGAAGAACUCCAGGAACUGGCAAGCGAGCACAAAACACGCGUGUCCAGCUUGGAAAGUGAGCUGGUCAGGGCUUGCAAGGAGGAGAAGUCACAGGAAGAGGCAGCUCAAGACCUCAAAUCCGACAUCUCGAAACGAGAGGCAGAGUUGCUGGAGUCUUUGGCCAACUCGGAGGCACAUCAAGCCAGUGAAGCGGCCCUUCGGAAAGCUCUGCACAUGCAAGAAAAGCUCCUGGCAGACGAGAGGGUGGAUCACGAUACUGUUCAAAGGCAGCUGGCCGAGAGCGUUUCUGAAGUUCAGGAGCUGCUGCGAAGCGUCUCCGAUAUGCAAGCUCGGCAAAAGGAGCACGAGGUUCUCAGGCUAAACUUGGAGCUGCGCCAAGCAAGAGCCGAUGCGGCUGCGGAUGCCAAGCUGAAGGAGGCCGCUUCCAUCGAAGCGUCGCUGAGAGAGAAGUUGCAGGACGUUUGGAGCAAGCUGGCAUCGAAAACCGAUCUCAGCUUAAACCCGGACACCUUUGGAGAUCCGCUUCUUGACAGCGUCUUCGCGCAGAAGGCGGCGAAGAUCCACCGGAAAGUGUUGGCGGCCCUGCGCCGUGCUGGUGACGCACAUCACGCAGCCAUAGAGCUUGAGCUCUCCCUGGCAUCGCAGCCGUCUGAUCAUGUUGGAGAUGGUGACCAGGCCACCCUGCGCUCCUUGCUUAGCCGGUCUAACGCUCGAAGAAGUCGUCUUGCGCAAGAAUUGCAAGAGAUGCUGGCGCAAGUGCAAAGCACGUUGCUGCUGAAGUGUGCUGAAGGAGCGGAUGCAGGUUCUGACGAAGAGGAGCUUGCAGCCGAGCGCCUGGAGUUGGAUGCGCAGCUGAUCUCGCAGGAGCUGCCGCUCUUGAAGUCCGAUCCACUUCAUGGUGUCCCGAAAUCGGUCCUCAAGGCGAUGGCUUCGCUCUGCAGCUUGUAUUUGGAGGGCGGGGAGGACAUGGAUGGGCGGCAUCCCAUGCACUGGGCGGCAAAACAUGGGAGGCGAGACGUUAUCGAAUUCCUGCUACGCUAUAUCUACGAAAGUUUGAACCAGCGAGAUCCUGACGGGCGAACACCGCUCUUCUAUGCCGAGCGCGCUGGCAAUGAUGCGCUUGCAGCUUUUUUGAGAGAGAAUGGCUGCGAUGCAAAUCCACAGGAGCCGGUCCAAAGAAGACCUGUCACUGGCACCGUGCCCGAGGCAUUCGCCGAUGUGAUCAAGGUGGUUGAAGAAAGAGGCUGGCAUGCCGUGAAUUGGAUGGAGGGCUUCACGCUGCUCCACUGGGCUGCUGAAAAGGGCCUUGCUGAUUUCUGCAGGUACUUCGUGGACCUCAAUGCUGAUGUCAAUGCUGUUGACAGCCGAGGGCGAACGGCGCUUCAGUGUGCAAUCAACUCCAAGAACUCUGAAGCUGAACUGGUGCUUCGAGAGCUCAUGGGCCUGGUUCAAGCGACAAGCGAUCGCAUGCUUGGAGAUGCCGAGGAGGAACUUGCACAGAUGCAGGAGGUCGCGUCAUCCACUGCUUCCAAUGGGCAGAGCGGAGGGAUUCCAGCGGCCUACGUUCGUGUCAUGCAGCAGAUUGAUCUCAUAGGUUGGGAAAAGAUGCAUUGGGCACGUGGUUUCACGCUGCUGCAUUGGGCUGCCAAGCACGACAGAGCAGAUCUUUGUGAGCUAUUUCUGUGGUAUGGCGCAGAUCCUGAGCAUCAAGACGAUCAGGGGCACUCGGCCCUGGAUUAUGCCCGGAUCCGGGAGCCUCAAGCCUCUGCCGCCUUGGGGUCGCUUCUGCGAGGCAGGGAGAUGAUACUCUUGGCUCCAUGA